CAACAACCUACUUUCACGAUGAAUACAAUGCCAGAAAUUACAACUUCUGUAAAAAAUGAAAUUUCAAGUAAAACAUUGAUAAUAUCUGAUAAUAUCCCAAGUUUAUUAACUUGUACUGAUAAUAUUAAUAAUAGUGAAGAACCUUUGAUUGAUAAUUUAAUACCUGAAAUAAUUGUCAAUAAUUUUGACAGUACUAUUUCAAAUGAUCAAAUGGGUAUAUGUGAUAAAUUAAGAAAUUGGAAUGUAGAAUUUAAUGUUUCUCAUAAUUGUUUAAACAAAUUAUUAAAUAUUUUAAAAAGUGAGGGUCUGAAUGUUCCUAAAGAUGGUAGAACGUUAAUGAAUACACCCAAAAAACAUAACAUUUUGUCUAUGGAACCUGGUGCUUAUGUACACUUUCAUAUUAACCAAAUUAUUAGUUCUUUAUUACAUAAGCAUGAAUUUGAUUUAUCUGACAUUACUGAUUUAAAAUUAGGUAUAAAUGUGGAUGGUUUACCGAUAUCAAAGAGUUCAAAAAGCCAAUUUUGGCCAAUUUUAAUUAGUAUUUGUAAUGUUCCAGUGUUAUCGAGAUACGUUUUACCCGUAGGUAUUUAUCAUGGUUUAAAAAAACCUGAUUCAUCAGAGGAUUUUUUAAAUUAUUUUUUAAGUGAUAUUUUAAAUAUCAUGCAAUUAGGUAUUCAAAUAAAUGGCAAGGUAUUUAAUGUUACAAUAGGACAUAUUGUGUGUGAUGCACCAGCUAAAUCAUAUUUACUAAAUGUUAAAGGUUUUAACGCAUAUUUUGGAUGUAAUUUGUGCACUGAUGAAGGUACAUAUAUUGAUGGUAGAAUGGCUUUUUUAUCCAUUGAUUCUUCUUUAAGAACAAAUGAAAGUUUUAGAAAUAAAACAAAUGAGUAUUACCAUAAAGGACCUAGUGUACUUGAAAAAUUACCAAUUAAUAUAACUGAUGAUGUGCCACUUGACAAUAUGCAUUGUACAUAUAUUGGGGUAAUGAAAAAACUUAUUGAAUUCUGGGUAAAGGGAAAAAAAGAUGUACGAUUAUUGGAUGUAGCAAAAAAUGACAUUAAUGAUAGUAUUUUAAAUUUAAAAGCUUAUGUUCCAUCUGAGUUUUCUAGACUUCCUAGGUUACUUGACGAUUUUUAUUUUUGGAAGGCUACAGAAUUAAGAUGUUUUUUGUUAUACUAUGGGCAAACUGUUUUAAAGGGAAAGUUAAAGAAAAAGUUUUAUGUACAUUUUUUGCAUUUGGUUACUGCUAUAAGAAUCCUUGUUACAGCUGAAACAUGUAUUUCUUUAAAUGAAACAGCCAAAAUAUUACUUGACACUUUUGUAAAUGAUUAUGCUGCUCUAUAUGGUCAAAAGUUUAUUAAUUACAAUGUUCAUAGCUUAAUACAUCUACCAUAUUUUGUUCUUAAACAUGGCCCACUGGAAUCUUUUAGUUGUUUUAAGUAUGAAAACUACUUGCAAGAAAUAAAAAAAUUUAUGAAAUGUUCAAGGUUUCCUCUACAAGAAGUUUCUAAUAGAAUUUAUGAAAAAUUAGAUCAAAUUAAAAAUACUCCAGAAUCUAAAUAUCCUAAAUUGUCUAAAGAAUUACAUAAAACCCACCAUUUACUGAGUGACAGAGUUUAUGAAAAAGUGGGUUUGGAAAACUUUUCAACCAUAAAUAUAAAUUCCAUAAAUAAUAACUUCAUCAUGUUGAAAAAUAAUGAUUUGGUAUUUGUUGAACAAAUUUUAAUGUCUUCAAACAAUGAAAUCAAAUUUCUUGUCAAAAAAUGUAACAGCUUUUCAUCUUUUUUUAAUCUACUCAAUUUUUCAUCUAAAGAUAUUGGCUCAUAUAUCAUAAAUCUUCAAUUUUUAAGUACACCUUAUCUUAUCCAAGUAAAUGAUUUUAAAUGUAAGUGUUUUUAUAUUCAAAUAUCAGGGAAUAAAGCAGUAGUUAUCACUCUUUGUCAUAAUUUUGAUAUACCACAAUAAUUAAAACAAAAUUUUUAAUGUGAUUUAAAAUAUUUGAUAAA